UCCUCCUCUCGAACGCUCGCGCCGACACGUGGGGCGCAUCUUCCCAGCCUCUCAGCGCCGACAAUAUGGGCCCUUAGCUUUGCGCUCACACUCCUUCGCAGAUCGCACUCUCGCACCCGCACCAUCGAUUCGCCGCCGCCCCCGCCGCCGUUGAAGGAGGAGACGGUCGUCAGCAGCUUCGCACAAGUCACAACGACGUCGCUAACCUAGGUCCUGCCAUUUCCUUUCUUCUCAACCACUCAGGAUUCAGCCAUCAGCCAAGUAGACAACCAUCGACAAGGACUAUUUCUUCUAUCAUCAGCACAUCAUCUAGCCAAAGAUGAGGAAUCCCCUGACGCUGCUAGCGCUCCUGCCUCUCGCCGUCCUCCUCCUGUUGGCACUAGGUGAGGCGUGGGAGAGCUGUGCAACGACCGUCAUCGCGCCGCUCGGCAGGGCGUGCGAUCGUGCCGGUUGUCAGGCCGAGGCCCGCAGACACUUCGACCUGACGGAUUGCCACAGCGGCAACGAGACCAGUUGCAGCUGGACCGGCGAGUGCAUCACUAACGGCUGCAACUACACCUUCUGGAUAACCUUCCCGCCGGCCGCUGCACCCGUCUUGAUACCAGAAUUAGAUGAGAGUGCUGGUCAUUGAGUAGCUAAGAUGUGGCCCCUGAUGUCAAUGUAUCUGAUUGAGUAAUAAGGACGAUGCAAUGGCGAUGCAGUGAAAACUUGCAUACUCUAUGCGAUCCAUCAUAAAUAUCGUUGAUUUAGUAUGGAGAUUUAAUUCGGUUCCUGGAUA